AAGGAGGGGAAGGGGGAGGGGGGCAGGUUGAGGAGAAACAAACACAGCCAAAAAAAAAAAAACCAACAACCAAACCCCCAAACCGGUCCAGGCGGCAGAGAAGGAGACAGUGGCUGCUUCCAGGGCCUGGGAGAUCUGCCCGCAACUUUGGAUUCCCUGGAGAGCGACCGGCCAGAUUCGCCCGGGACAGAAACAGCCAGACGAUGUGAAGAAACAGCCAGCCGCCGAUCCUUUCUUGCCUUACUUUCCUCCGGGUGGCUGACUGGCUGGCUUGGACUCGGUGGCCGUAGACAGUAAUACUUAGGAUCGCGCCCGUGCCAGCGGUGGCCUUUGUUAAGGACUCCCGCCGGGCUUCCCCCCCACAAAGCUUUUUAGUCCUCUCGUCUGCGGCGGCGAUCGUCGUCAUGGCCCUGGGGAGAGGGUUCCCGCGGUACGCCGCCGCCGCCGCCUGCCUUUGGAUCCUCUCCUUUUGCCCCGGCGUUACAGGUCUCAGUGUUUGUUCAAGCGGCAAUGCUACCUCCUGUGAAGAAUGCUUGCUCAUUCAUCCCAAGUGUGCUUGGUGCUUUAAAGAGGAAUUUGACAACAAAAAAAUCAUCACUUCGAGGUGUGACUUUAUUGAGAAUCUCAUUGCCAAUGGUUGUGCAGGGCAUUUUGAGAGUACAAAAAGCAGUGUUAAUAUAGUUAAAAACCUUCCACUGAGCAGUAAGAGCUCUAGUGGGACUAAUCCAGAUGUGAUCCAAAUAAUGCCUCAAAAGAUCUCUCUGAAUCUGCGGCCUGGUGACCCCGCUUCUUUCCACGUGCAGGUGCGACAGGUAGAGGAUUAUCCCGUAGAUCUGUACUAUCUGAUGGAUCUCUCCCUCUCCAUGAAGGAUGAUCUGGACACCAUUCGGAACUUGGGAACUAAGCUGGCUGAAGAAAUGGGAAAGCUCACCAGCAAUUUCCGGCUUGGUUUUGGGUCUUUUGUAGACAAGAACAUUUCUCCCUUCUCCUAUACGGCCCCAAGAUACCAGAAUAACCCCUGCACUGGAUAUAAGUUGUUCCCAAAUUGUGUCCCAUCCUUUGGGUUCCGCCAUCUUUUAUCCCUCACAGAUGAAAUAGAUAGAUUCAAUGAAGAAGUUCAGAAACAGAAAGUUUCCCGCAACAGAGAUGCUCCAGAGGGUGGCUUAGAUGCAAUCUUGCAAGCUGCUGUGUGCGAAAAAGAGAUUGGGUGGCGGAAGGAGGCUUCGCACUUGCUGGUCUUCACUACUGAUGAUGUCCCACACAUUGCGCUGGAUGGAAAGCUGGGUGGUUUGGUGCAACCACAUGAUGGGCUGUGUCAUUUGAAUGAAGCCAACGAAUACACAGCUUCCAAUCAGCUGGAUUAUCCUUCACUUGCACUUCUUGGAGAAAAAUUAGCUGAGAACAACAUUCAUGUAAUUUUUGCAGUGACCAAAAAUCAUUAUAUGCUUUAUAAGAAUCUCACGGCCCUAAUUCCUGGAACAACGGUAGAGAUUUUGUAUCAAGACUCCCGAAAUAUCAUCCAGCUUAUAGUCAAAGCCUACAAUAGUAUUAGAUCAAAAGUAGAGUUAACUGUCUGGGAUAGUCCUGAUGACAUUAACCUGGCUUUCACAGCCACAUGUCAAGAUGGUUUACCACAUCCUAGAGUUAGGAAGUGUGGAGACCUACAGAUGGGAGACACGGUUUCCUUUGAGAUAUCAGUAGAGGCUCGGACAUGCCCAGCUGAGAGCAUCUCACACACCUUCACUAUCAAACCAGAUUGGUUUCGGGACACUGUAGAGGUGACUGUUUCUUACAACUGCACAUGUGGAUGUACCAAACAGAUAGAGCACAACAGCAGUAAAUGUAGUGGAAAUGGCACACACGUGUGUGGAUUAUGUGACUGUAACCCAGGCCAUGUAGGAGCCAAGUGUGAAUGCGAGGAAGGAGAGAGUGGGGCCAUGUACCACAACAUGUGCCGAGAAGCUGAAGGGAAACGUAUCUGCAGUGGCCGUGGGGAGUGCUCCUGCCACCGCUGCGUGUGCUACAAAAGUGAAUUUGGCAGGAUCUACGGGCUCUUUUGUGAGUGUGACGACUUCUCCUGUCCAAGAUAUAAAGGCAUUCUCUGCUCAGGUCACGGAGAAUGCCACUGUGGGGAAUGUAAGUGCCACAACGGCUAUAUUGGGGAUAACUGCAACUGCUCAACGGACACAGGCCGGUGUCUUUCUAAAGAUGGCCAAAUGUGCAGUGGCCGAGGCAACUGCAUCUGUGGAAAAUGCCAAUGCACUGAACCUGGAGCUUUUGGGGAGACUUGUGAGAAAUGUCCCACCUGCCCAGGUGUCUGCAGUACUAAAAGAGACUGCAUUGAGUGUAUCCUGUUCAACUCAGGAAGGUUGGCUGAUAACCAAACCUGCCAAAAAAACUGCCGGGAUGAAAUAAUAACGCGAGUAGAUUUUCUCAAAACCGAUGACACUAAUUCAAUCUUAUGUGCUUAUCCCGUGAAGGAUUGUGUGAUGAAAUUCACGUACUCAGAACUCACCAAUGGAAAGACAAAUAUCAGCGUUCUGAAGGAAGCAGAGUGUACUACCACUCCUGAUGUCAUGACGAUAUUACUCGCUGUAGUAGGCAGCAUUGUGCUUCUGGGCAUUGUCCUUUUGGCAAUCUGGAAGCUGUUGGUUACUAUUCACGACAGACGGGAAUUUGCCAAAUUCCAGAGUGAGCGUUCCCGGGCAAGAUACGAAAUGGCUACAAAUCCUCUUUACCGCAAGCCCAUAUCCUCACAUAGUUUAGACUUCACAUUCAACAAGCUCAACAGGUCCUAUAAUGGUACCAUUGACUGAUGGGAUUACUCAGGUCUGGAUGGGAAAAAAAUGGAAAGCUUGAGAACUGCUUGGCUUCCUUCUUCCGUACUUGCCAAAGGGAAGAGGGAGCCCUUGGCAGCUGCACAAACCCUGAAAAUGCCACAAAUAGCAGGAGACAGCUUCUAGUUGCAUGCUAAGGACAAAUGGCCAGCAGCCAACUUGCUCUUCAGAUUCCUAACUCAAAGCCAUUCUGAUGUACUCAGAACCAGGCGUUGCUGAUUUGAGACUCUUCUGAUGUGGACUCUUGGGAAGCGCCUUCAGACUGAAUAUACCGCUGAACAGUUUCAUCCAUAUUCUGUGGUCGACGAUGUGCAGCCCCCAAUUCACUGGGAUGCUGUGUUACUGACAAUUUCUCUGGGUUGGGGGAGGGAAUCGAGCAAUGGAGAUCUUGGUGGUAAAAACUUUUUUAAAAGAUCCCUGUGUUAUGCAGUCUUUAGAGUAAUUUUUAUAAAAAAAAUAAAACAAUUGCAUAUACAAAUAUGCAGUGUCAUUUAGACAUUUAUUUCCCCCU